AUGGCGAAGAAGGCGCUCUUGGUCGGGUGCAACUACCCGGGUACGCAGGCACAGUUGAAUGGUUGCGUCAACGAUGUUUGGUCCAUGCACACCAUCUUGACAGAUCUUAAGGUCAAGGUCGCUUUGUCCCCUGGGGCCUUGGGCUUUUCCAAGAGCGACAUUACGGUCAUGAUUGACACGGAUAGCCGUGACGCGUCACCCACGGGACGCAACAUCAAAGCUGGCUUAAACGAGCUCGUACGCAGCAGCAAAGCAGGCGACUACCUGGUGUUCCACUUCUCUGGGCAUGGUACCCAAAUCCCAGCCGAAGGAGACACGAAUGAGGCUGAUGGCAAAGACGAGGCCAUCUGUCCAACAGAUCUGAACAUCAUCAUUGAUGACGAUCUACGGGAGAUUGUGGAGCAGCUGCCAAGCGGCGCCAACUUGACCGUCGUGACCGACUGUUGCCACAGCGGUUCCAUGCUGGAUCACACCGCUGUGCAGAUUCAGGGCAACAAGGGCGGUUCCAGCCAGAUACCGGGACUCAUGGAUGUCAUGGGCGCCGCCAUGGGCCGUGGUCUUGAAGCGACACCACGAGAAAUUCCGUUGGACAUGCUGGCAAACAUGCUGUCCCAGCAGACGGGCCACACCGUUCGUCCCGGCAAUAUUCGCUAUCAUUUGGCUAAUAUUUUUGGUGCUGAUGCCUCGACGACGGCGCUCAACUUUUUGCGCGCGGUGCAGCAGCACACGGAUCAGAACAGCAUGUGUGGUCAAGGCUUGCUUCAUCUCAUUCGGUGUCUCCGAGCAGGUGGUGUGGGUAUGGAGAGAGCUGUAACUGAGUAUCAUGAUGUUUGCCGAACAGCCAAAUAUGGAGGCAGCAGUGGCGGCAACUCGCUGGGCAUUCCCGGUCUCUCGUCCAAUUUUACAGCCCCCACGCAGGGUCAAAAGCCUCCACCGGAGCAGCAGCUCAGCUCGGACAAGGGCAUCUUGAUCACGGGCUGUCAGGCCCACGAAACGUCGGCUGAUGCGUGCCCGUCGGGAGACCGCAGCCGCGCCUUUGGGGCGCUGACCAAUGCCAUUGCGACGGUGCUGCGUCACCGUCCCAACGCGUCAUACUAUGAUGUGGUGUCAGAGGUGCGCAAGCAUCUCUUGCAAGGCGGGUUCAAGCAAAACCCAUGCCUGGAAUGCGACGAUCGCUACAAGGACAUGCCGUUCAUCUGCCCAGCUUAG